AACUUAUUCGGGUAGAACUUUCAAAAAAAAGCAAAUUCAAAUGAAUUUAUUUUUAACUUUCGUGAAAUGUUAAUCGAAUUUCUUCUAUUCGUCAAAAUUUGCUGUAACAAGAAAGAAAAACUCGCAAAAAUUUUAAAAAUAUUUGGCAAUUCAUCGCAUAAUGGACACAGAUAGAAAGCAUUGCAAUCGGCCAACAUGUGGCAAUAAGACGAAAUGUGCACAAUCGAAUAAAGAUGCUAAACGAUCUCCGAUGACUUUGUGUAGACCCGGAGCUGAGCCGGCCAAGGCUGCUACGCCCAACGUUGGCAAUUCGACGCAGAUAUUAUUUGUUGAUUCGAACUUUACGGAAACUCCUAGUGAGUAUGACACCUUCUAUGAUUGCUAUAGCGAUGUUGAAAUAAGUCAGACAAAAGCUGUGGUGUCUUCAAUGUGUGGCCUAAGUGUGCCACCGCCUCCUGUAAAAGAUUCUCGCAUGUUUCGCGAUGCACUCAAACAAGUUAUUCUCACUGCUCAGACGCUCUUGGUCGAUUUCGACAGAGGCGGUCGCAAGGAGCGUAGAGGUUGCGGUUCGCGUUGUCGAUGUGAUGUGCGCAAUAUUAAACCUCAUACACAAACCGUACAAUUGGAGGUAACGGCAAAAGUCGCUACAAAUAAAUCGUCCACACCGCAAAAUAUUCGCAUCGAUCCAAUCACAUUUACAAUACCACUGAAACUACACGUACAGGGACAACACCAACACAACAUACCAUACUCGGUGUCACAGCAAUCAAAUGAAUUUAGGAAGCCACCGCCGCCGGCUAUGCUCGACCGGGAUCCAAUGCCAAAUAUGUUUACCUCGAUGGAGCCAAUACGCACAGCUAUAAUUACAGCCCCACGACAGGAAAUAAACAGUAUACCCAUGGAAGGAAGUGGACCAGCAUUUAAUUUUCAAUCAGCUCUAUUACAACAAAUGGUUGGUAUACCACCAGGUUUUCUGCAAUUACCGUUACCUGGUGCUGAAGCUUUUACAGCACCGCCUCCGUCCAAGGGAGUUUCGUCAAAAGUACAAAUUCAAGUUCCGCCACCACCACCACUAAUGACAUUAGGCAGGCCAGAUGAAACAACGACGAUAAAAGCGAAAAAGACUUGUAAAGGAACUUGCUCUGUGAAACGUCAGCAAGUGGCUUCGACUGAAGCAUUUUUAUCACCGUCCUUAGCACCUGUUACUAAAGGGCCAUUUCUGACAACAAUAACAACGUCGUCGAUACCGUCUGUGGGAACAGGUAAAUCACCUCAAGUAUCGGAAACAAGAAGUCAAGGCGUAUGUGUACUGUGCGGACGUGGAGGUGAACAGCCAAAUAAGCAAAUCGAUGUUUCUCAAAGAGCUCCUUGUGGAGUGUGCUCGAAAGGAAAGUUUGUUAUGCCACAGCCGCAACCGGGAGAAUUCCCCCGUCCCAUACAGAAAACGGGUACAUUUGGUGAAUAUUCACGCUGUGAUAAAACUACGGAAUCGUUAGUGGUACUUGUUCCUCCAGUAAUGCCCAAGUCUGCGGUUAGGGCGGGUGCUGAGGUAUCCUCAAAUACAUGUCCCUUUGGUAGUCUUCAGAAGCAAAUGGAAAUGCAGCGUCCAUAUGGUGCUGCGUGUCCAAUAGGACCAUCACUGUUGAAACCACAGCAACAAGAUAAUCAAAUAAACAUUGAGAAACAACAACAUGAUGUCAAACGUCCCUUGAAAGGCCCUUGUGGAAUGUGUUCGACUGAGGUUCCGGCACCACCACCAUUUGAUGAGCCUUUAUUUAAAUCAAAAGGACCAUGUGGGGUAUGUUCAAAACCUAAGCCAGCAAUUCAAAAGAGUCAAGAAGAAAAAGUUCGUCCAUUAACAACUCCUUCUGAACAUACUAAGCCUAAAGGAAUAUGUUCAAAUCGGCAGGAAAACCCUUGUGAAAUUUGUCCAAAAAAAUCAGCGGCUGCAAACGAGUUUGGUAAACCGCCAUGUGGAGUUUGUUCCAAAGCUGUUGAGGUAGCGGUUAAAACUGAAAAAACUCCAUGUGAAAUUUGCUCGAAGAAGACAAUGACUCCAAUAGAGGUUAUUAAUGCGCCAUGUUCAAAAAUACUGGACGAGCCAGUAACAUUGGGAAAAACUCCAUGUGUAAUUUGCUCGAAAAAGUCAGCGGUUCUAAAAGAGACUAUUAAACCGCCGUGUGGGAUUUGUUCAAAGAAGUCAACGGCAACAAUGGAGGAUAUGAAUGCGCCUUGUGGAGUUUGUUUACAAAUGGAAAAACCUCCAUGUGGAAUUUGUUCGAAGAAGUCCACACCUCCAAUGGAGGAUAUAACGCCAUGUGGAGUUUGUACAGAAUUGGAAAAACCUCCUUGUGGAAUUUGCACCAAGAGGUCGGAAGCUCCAAUGGAGAUGAAAACUUCUAAAGUACCUUGUGGAAUUUGUUCAAAAAGGUCAGCGACUCCCAUUGAGGUUAUCAAAGGGCCUUGUGGAGUUUGCUCUAAAUCAGUAGACGCACCUGAGGUUGUCAAAGGGCCUUGUGGAGUUUGUUCAAAAUCAGUAGACGCACCUGAGGUUGUCAAAGGGCCUUGUGGAGUUUGCUCUAAAUCAGUAGACGCACCUGCGAAAACAGGAAAAGCUCCUUGUGGUAUUUGUUCUAAAACGUCAGCGACUCCAAUGGAGGUUGUGAAAGGCCCUUGUGGAGUUUGUUCAAAGUCAGUAAAAGCACCCACGAAAACAGAAACAGCUCCUUGUGGUAUUUGCUCUAAAAGGUCAGCUGGACCAGUCGCAGUUGUGAAGGGACCUUGUGGCGUAUGUUCAAAAGCAGUGGAAGAAUCUAUCAAACCUACAAAACCCUGUGGUAUUUGCUCAAAGGGCGUAACAGCGCCUUUGGAAGUCGAAACAGGACCAUGUGGUAUAUGUUCUCGGGGAGUUACUCCAUUUGUUACUGAAGAAAUAGGACCAUGCGGAAUUUGUUCAAGAGGAGUCGAGUCUGCUGUUACACAUGAUAACUUAUCUGCUCCAAUGCAAGAAAUAAUGGGACCAUGCGGGAUAUGUUCACAAUUGGUAAGUGGUUCCCCUACGGUGGAACCCGAAGAAACAGAAGGGCCUUGUAAUAUAUGCAAAAAGGCACCAACGAAACCCGAUUCUCGAGAUAUUUGUGGAAUUUGUAAAAAAAUGCGUGCUCCUGAAAGUCAAGCAAUGCCAGCCGGAGCUCCCUGUAAAAUAUGUGGUCAAGGACCAACAACGACUUCAGCUGGAAGAACUUGUGGAACAUGUAAUUUUACACCCACUUCACCGUCAAGUGGAUAUAAAUCAUGUGGAUCUUGCUUGGUAGCACCACCCAAAUCCUCGAACAUUCGAACAUGCGGUACCUGUAUGUUACAACCUCCAACCAGAAGUGGACGAACUUGUGGUACAUGUAUGGUGAUACCUACACCAGAGGCUAUGGCCGAAAUACCACCAAAAGUAGAGUCUGUCGUGGAACAUCGCGUAUACAAGGCAUUACCUCAACACAAAGACAUUCACAUUUGUUCGCCAUGUCGUUAUGAUCCGAGUCCAUUAAUAGACGAAGAGGGCAACGUAUUUUGUCCACAUAAUUGUGGUUGUUGCUUAUGCCCUUGGCGAAAACGUGCCACGGACAGCCAAAUCGAUCAAAUAAAACAUGAAAAAAUCAAAGUUUGCAAAUGUCGUAUGAAGGGUUCUAUAUUUGCGGAUUACACAUCACGUGCCAAAUGUAGCAAUACGUCCUACUUUGAUUGUUGCCCAUGCCGCGAAAGAGCGGAGGCAAAAUAUUUGGAAAUGACUGGUGAAGAGAUGUGGAGUCCCGAUGACAAACUGAGAGAGCGAGUACGCGGUGAACCCGUCAAUUUGGAAGAUGUUGUAGAAUACAAACGUACGAGCACCCAAUAGUUUCCGGUUUUCUAAGGAUUGCUCAGAAACAUUUAGAAUUUGCCUUGAAUUACAAAUAGAAAAAAAAACAGAUAUUAACACAUAAAUAUGUAAAUACACGAACUCAAAUCGAAAAUAUGGCUUUGUUGAGACAAUGUUGAAUAAAUUGUUCAGUUUUAGAUCUUGAAAUUGAAUAGAGUCUAAUUUCUACAAGUUCUUGUAAAAGGUUUCAGAGUAUGAAGUGGGUUUCAUCGCGUAUCCGCUCAGACGGUUUACCUUCAGUGGAGAGUUGUAGAAUUUACAAUUCGUAGAAAUACGUAAUCGAAAUUAUUUACACCCCUCUAAACCAUUUUCGAUUAUUACAACUACCUUUUGUUUUUUUUUUUUCUUUGACAAGCUCGGACGAAAUUUUGAAAUUAAAAUUAUUGAAACAAUUCGUAGAUUUUGUCGAAAUAUUUUCUGUUAUCUAAUUUGCGUCUUUUGGCGACUUGUCUUUUGUAUUUC